GGUGGUAGGCGGAAAUCUAAUAUUAUCUAUCAAAAUAAGAUAUCAUUGAACUGCUGAAUCUUUUUCAGGUAUCAGGUGAACAUUCAGGUCAAACACAAAGUAGUUUCCAGCCCAAAAAUGAAAUGAACACAACACUACUGGCCCUGUAAAGACAUAAAUAUAGCAUAUGACAAUAUUAACAAGGAAUUUCAAACAAAAUACCAAGGUCAUGUACUACCGGAAGAGGAUCAACAAUGGAUCUUUAUGAAUGCUGGGGGCUGGAUGGGCAGUAUCAAAAUUCUGCAUGCUUCAUUGACAGAGUAUGUGCUCUUCUUCGGCACGGGUAUUAAUACGUCGGGAAAUUCAGGUCGAUACUGGGCUAAUAUAUCAGACACUAUACUGACAGGGUCAUUCCGACAGUGGCAGGAGGGGGAUCUACAUUCCACUGUGUAUAAACCAGGUCAGACAGUUUAUCACUACUGGGGAGAGGCAGCUGCUGUGGAAUGGACAAAUGGAACAUGGAUGGUGGAAUAUGGACGAGGAUUUAUUCCCUCAACUCUUGGAUUUGCCCUCGCUGAUACUUUUUUCUCAACACAGGACUUUAUUACCUUGUUUUAUAUCUUGAAAGUUUAUGCAAAAGCUCUCUUACUGGAAGGAACUACAUUCCUGUAUGAGUUUAAUCCAGCAGAGAUUUUAGCGGAUGGUGGUUCUGAUACUUCUAGUUGAUAUUCAUGACAUUUUGUAUUUGUUUGACUUAGAUAAUAAGCAAAAUCUUAGUAGAUAAAAUUUACCUUUAUGUGUUGCUGUCUACAAUUGUGCAAAUUGUGACCUCAAUCAUUAUAACAUAUCUGUGAUACUAAACUUUUGUCGCCUAAAUAUUGGUGUAAAUAGCCUAUGUAAUGUUGUUUUUUAUGCCCCCGAAGGGAGGCAUAUAGUUUUUGAACCAUCUGUCAGUCUGUCAGUCUGUCGGUCUGUCAGUCUGUCGGUCUGUCAGUCUGUCCGCAAUUUUCGUGUCCGGUCCAUAUCUUUGUCAUCGAUGGAUGGAUUUUCAAAUAACUUAGCAUGAAUGUGUACCACAGUAAGACGACGUGUAGCGCGCAAAACCCAGGUCCGUAGCUCAAAGGUCAAGGUCACACUUAGACAUUAAAGGAUAGUGCAUUGAUGGGCGUGUCCGGUCCAUAUCUUUGUCAUCGAUGGAUGGAUUUUCAAAUAACUUGGCAUGAAUGUGUACCACAGUAAGACGACGUGUCGCGCGCAAGACCCAGGUCCGUAGCUCAAAGGUCAAGGUCACAGACGUUAAAUGAUAGUGCAUUGAUGGGCGUGUCCGGACCAUAUCUUUGUCAUCGAUGGAUGGAUUUUCAAAUAACUUGGCAUGAAUGUGUACCAUAGUAAGACGACGUGUCGCGCGCAAGACCCAGGUCUGUAGCUCAAAGGUCAAGGUCACACUUAGACGUUAAAGGAUAGUGCAUUGAUGGGCGUGUCCGGUCCAUAUCUUUGUCAUCGAUGGAUGGAUUUUCAAAUAACUUGGCAUGAAUGUGUACCACAGUAAGACAACGUGUCACAUGCAAGACCCAGGUCCGUAGCUCAAAGAUCAAGGUCACACUUAGACAUUAAAGGUCAUUUUUCAUGAUAGUGCAUUGAUGGGCGUGUCAGGUCCAUAUCAUUGUCAUUCAUGCAUGGAUUUUAAAAUAACUACGCAUGAAUGUGUGACACAGUAAGACGACGUGUCGUGCGCAAGACCCAGCUCCAUAGGUCAAAGGUCCUAAACUCUAACAUCGGCCAUAACUAUUCACCUAUUCAUUCAAAGUGCCAUCGGGGGCAUGUGUCAUCCUAUGGAGACAGCUCUUGUUUAUUGUUCUAUUCUUUGUAAUUGUAUCAAAGUAACAUUUUUGUACACAUAUAGAAUAUUUAACAUACUAUAACAUAUAGAAUACUUAACAUACUAUAGCAUAUAGAAUACUUAACAUACUAUAGCAUUACGAAAUUUUGAAAUGCAGUUAAAACUGGAUGUCUUGAACUCGCUUAUCUCAAUAUUCUGGAAGACAUUUUCAAGUCAGGUUCCGAAAUAUACAGGCACAAAAUAUCAUUUUAUGACAAAUUUUAGUUAUCUCAAACUGAUAGGAUCAAUCGAGAUAUGCAGUUCCAAAUGUGUAUGUUUUUGUUACAAGAGCUUAUUGUUACUUCUUACAUUAUUUCUUUUUCUAUGAUAUAAUAUUUAUUAUCUUUUGAAAGCAGACAAAGUUUUAAUAAUGCUGGGACUGCCAUAAUUUAAAGUUAAAGGGACCCUCCAGAUUGUUCGACAACACAAAAAAAUAUUAUUUUUAGAUAUCUGGAAAUAAAUGCUAUAUUUGUUAAGAAGGCUUUAAAACUUAAUUAUUGACAAACUAUUUGUUAUGGAAACACAUGAGAAUUUGCUGUUUUUACUACUUUUUACGAUGAAAAUUUAGAAGCAUUUGUAAUGCUUUUACUCCAGGUAAACUGUCUAGAUUAUAAAUAUCUAUAUUA